AUGCAUCUCCUUAGCUUUGUGGCUCUGGGCCUUUCCUCAGCAGCAGUAUCGUUCGCUGCACCAACACCUGGCCAUGUCUUGCACGAACGUCGAGAGCCGUCAUCUCAGUGGACGAAACUUGAUCGGCUCGAUGGCGACGUGAAGCUACCCAUGCGCAUUGGCCUCACGCAAAGCAACCUUGACCAAGGCCAUGAUCUGCUUAUGAAAGUAGCCCACCCCGACUCUCUAUCAUUCGGCAAGCACUACACCUCAGAGGAGGUCGCCGACAUCUUUGCGCCUGCGGCCAAGGCAGUCGAUACUGUCCGAGCAUGGUUGGAAUCCGCUGGUAUCGAAGCCAACAGGAUCAGUCAAUCCGCCAACAAGCAAUGGCUUCAAUUUGACGCCAAGAGCUCGGAAGUAGAGGAGCUACUGAAAGCCAAGUAUCACUUCUACGAACACUCUACGUCUGGCAAAGCCAGUAUUGCUUGCGAUGAAUACCACCUGCCAUCACACAUCCAGGAGCACGUCGACUACGUCACGCCGGGCAUCAAGCUCUACGCCACUCGUGCGCGCAAGCCAGCCUCCGGCGAGAUGGAGAAGCGUACCAUGAUUGGCAGUGGACAUAAACCAAUCCCACCACCAACCCUACCAUUGCCAGGUGGCCUACCCACGCUCGCCACUCUUGCCGAUCUUUACUGCGACAAAGUCAUCACACCGAAUUGUAUCAUGUUAAUGUACAACAUCACCAAGGGCAGCACCAGCACUCCAGGCAACGAGCUCGGCAUCUUCGAGGAUCUGGGUGACUACUAUUCUCAGACCGACCUCAACCUAUUCUUCCUUACCCUGGCUUCUUACAUCCCGCAAGGCACCCAUCCUACGCUUGAUGGCAUCGACGGCGCAACCGCACCAGUCACUGUCGCCAACGCCGGUCCAGAAUCGGAUCUCGACUUCCAGAUCUCCUAUCCAUUGAUCUACCCGCAGAAGUCGAUCCUGUACCAAACAGAUGAUUCUGUCUACGAGGCUAAUUACAUAUACAACGGCUUCUUGAACAACUUUUUGGACGCAAUUGUAAGUAUCUGCUUUGCGCACAUCGACCGCAUCUCGCUGACCAUAGGGAAGGACGGCUCGUACUGCACCUAUUCUGCUUUCAACGAGACUGGCAAUAGUCCACUUGAUCCUCCUUACCCGGACCCUGCCGCUGGUGGCUAUAAAGGCUCGCUGCAAUGCGGUGUGUAUAAACCCACCAACGUGAUCUCCAUCAGCUACGGCGGAGGAGAGCAAGACCUCCCUGUGAGCUAUCAGCGUCGUCAAUGUAACGAGUUCAUGAAACUCGGUAUGCAGGGUGUGUCCGUCCUGGUCUCCAGCGGCGACUCUGGUGUUGCACAGCAAGACGCAAGCGGUGGCGCUACUGUCUGUCUCGGGCCACAAAACAAGAUCUUCAACCCCGACUUCCCAGCCACCUGCCCAUAUAUCACCACCGUUGGGGCAACAUAUCUUCCUCCUGGCGCUAAGGCUUCGCAAGAUCAGGAAGUCGCUGUCACCCGCUUCGCAUCUGGGGGUGGAUUUAGCAACAUCUAUCCCAUUCCAAGCUACCAGUCAUCGGCUGUUGCAAAUUACUUCGCUACCGACAACCCACCAUAUCCGUACUACAGCUGCACAUACAACACAAGCUGUUUCGGCAACAACGGCAUCUAUAACCGCAUUGGCAGAGGAUAUCCAGAUGUCAGUGCUGUUGGUGACAACGUCGUCAUCUUCAACAAGGGCCUUCCGACCCUUAUCGGCGGCACUUCCGCAUCCUCGCCAGCUUUUGCAGCUAUCCUCACUAGGAUCAACGAAGAGCGUCUGAAAGCGGGCAAGAGCACCGUAGGCUUCGUCAACCCGACACUCUACAGUAAUCCAGGUGUACUCCAUGAUAUCACCACUGGUUCCAACCCGGGUUGUGGCGAGGCAGGAUUCACGUGCGCCAAGGGGUGGGACCCAGUAACUGGCCUCGGCACACCAAACUACCCAGCUAUGCUCACGCUAUUCAUGGGUCUAUAG